GACAUGAAUGGUGUCUAUUAGCUGGGACAACUAAGAAGGUUAAGUCCAGGGAGGUGGCAAUAAGGGUCGAAGUCAUUGUUACGAAGGAGGCCAUGUGUUUUUGUAGGGAUCAAGGAAUGUUGCAAAUGAGUUUGGAAGGGGAUUCCAUUCAGUUUAUGCAUUCAAUCAAGGAAAGGGAAGCUCAA